AUGAGCCCUAGGUUUUGUCCUUUCCAUUUCACUUGUGUGUACGUACGUGCACGGUUAUGUAUAUAUACGUAGGUAUGUGUAUGUAGCAUUGCAUAUUUCAUUGAAUGCUUGUUGUGCCUUUGUGGGAAUUAAUCUACAGUCUAGACAAGCUAGAUCAUUGUUGGGGGGGCGGGGGGGAGUUGUCCUUGAAAUGUAUGAAUGUUAGAUGAGCGGGUUUCUUUUUAAAAGUAUUAAAGCGUCAUAUCAAUAAAUUCGUCUGAAUAUGUGCACUUGUUGCUUAUUUAUAUCAGUGUAGCUAGAAUCCCUGUGUGCAUUUUGUUUUACGUAAAACACGUUGUUGAUUUUUUUUAUGAAUGAAAGAGAAGCGUGUGCGUGAACGCCCAUUCGUUUGAAAAUGAUUUAUUUCUAUUACGUUACUUUUUUAUUUCGUAAAUUUCGUUUUAUCGAUAAAAUAUAUUUCAAAAUAAUUCAAAGCGAGCUGACGACUAAAUUCCAUUGUUAUUGUGUUGGAGGAUAAGAAUUAGGUCGUUGACUGCAUAAUGAUGAGUGGACAUGUGUAUAAAACGUCAAGUCUGGAACUCCCGUUACGUCGUGCUGUAUUUUGAUCCUUAUUGUAGAGCGUCGUGUGGUCAGUGUUUGCUUGCUUUUGGCCUUCAGGGGAGAGGUGCCAAGUCGUUUGUUUUAAUAGGUCAUCCAGUGAUGCCAUGUUGAGUGAGCCAUGGAAGCCCAUGGACCGGCGGAAAAAGAAGCAAGUGAAGUUUUACGCUCAUUCAACAUGCUUGGGGCACCACCCUCUACACAGAACGAACCACAGAAUUUGUCCACUGCCACAUCUCAGCCCAUGGUCAUGGUUCCUCCCCACCCCCCUCCGCAGUGGCACAUCCAUUCACAGCCCCUCCACUUGAUGGCCUACCAGCCUCAAGGAAACCAACCGAUUCAACAAAAUAAUGACAACAGUCAACAGCAACAACAACAGCCACCACCAAAUGGCCAGCCGCCACCUCCUCAGGGGCCUCCUCCUCAAGGUCCCCCCCAGCCAGGUCCUCCUCAGAUCUCACACAUGACAGCAGAUCAACUUUCACAGCUUCAGCCACCUCCUCUUGAGCAUUCAAUUUGGUCUACUACAGACAUGGAUGGUCAGAAUGGGAUGAACUCUAAUUACAAUAUGAAUGAUAUGCAAAGUCAAGAAGGGGACAACAACAUGAGUGUUAACGAUGAGGAGCAGGAAACCAAACCCAAAAUCAAAAAAGAGGUGAAGAAGAAGAGGAAACUUGCAGAUCUGUUAGCAGAAGGCAUCGAUCCUACGAAGUUGGAAGAGAACAGUGAUCAAGUGAGAGAUCGUUUUGAGAAAGGUUGUGAAUGUGAAGGGGACAACUGUUUUAAGAACAUGAAUCCUGAGUUUGUGUUCAGGCAUAGACUGAAUAUUGCAGAGCUAACGAAAAAUGAACAUGACAUGUAUCUCAUGGGAGUCACUAUGGCUUGUCUGGCUAACCCUGAAGAGACUUCGCGUCACAAGGAGAGAAAGAGACUCAGGGCAUCCUAUGUGUUUCAAGGCAAGAAAGUUUGUUUGGAUGCCUUUCUUUAUUUAGAGAACUGCACACAUUAUCAGCUCAAAGCCAUUAGGAAGCACGUUAUGGUGAAUGGAGUAACUCCUAGAGUACAUGGUAAUCAUGGUAAGAAGCCUCCAAAUACAUUCCCACUUGAUACUUAUCAACAUGCUGCUGCAUUCUUACAGAGUUAUAUCGCUAGGUACUCGCCAAACACAAAUACCCCUAAGAAGCCCAACAAAACCGGGAAGUCUCCUCCAGUGUACUUGCCGGCAGACAUUACCCGAAAGAAAAUUCAUAAUGCUUACAAGGAAUAUUGUGAACAUUUUGAACCAGAUGUGAAGGUGAUGGGUUAUUCCUCAUUCAGACAUUUUAUGAAAGAACAAUUUCCGAACGUUAAGUUCUUCCGUAUGGACAAAAAGGCUGAGAGAUCUCAAGGUCAGAGUGAUGAUGACGACGAUGAGAACGAUAAUGGCACUGGUGCUCAGCCUACUGCUCCUCCACAGGAUCAGAGGCAAGAUCAGCGAGUGGAAGCAGGGGCACAGCAGGUCAUGCAGCAGCAGCAACAACAGCAACAACAACAGCAGCAGCAGCAACAACAACAGCAACAGCAGCAGCAACAACAACAGCAGCAACAGCAGCAGCAACAGCCUCAACAAACGCAGCCUCCUCAGGAACCACCCAAAGAUGCCCGCAACACGCCACCUGUCACAGCAGCACCAACUGUUUCUGUUCCUCCCAACACACAUCCUGGUCCUGGGGUACCAGUUUCAAUGCCCCAUGCCCCUAUAAGCAGCAAUUAUCCUGCAUACUCACAUGUACAACUGCCCCUUAACCUGCAAACGCAGCAGCCUUUGUAUUCAGCUUGUAUGCAACCAGGAAUGUUCCCUCCAGGGCAAGCACCAACACAAGUGAGACCAACAGGGUUUCCAUACACCAGCUUGUAGGAGAAGGAGAGAUUUUUCAGCUUGAAAUGGUAUACUGCAAGGUGUUGGUCUGUAUUUUGCCUUAAGUGUUGGACUAUUACAAAGCAUUGCCUAAAAGGGUUUUGUGUACAAUACACGUUAGCUGCAGGAAUAUAUUUUAUUUUAAUCUGAAAGGGUAGCAACCUUUGAUACUUGUGAGAGGUAUAGGUGAGGAAUGUUUCGAAGUUUCUUAUAUGAGCCAAGUUGUACCUGUUUUUCUCUUUUAACUUAUUCAGUCUUUAGUGGCUGGGACACUAUGUACGUUAUCUAAUGUACCACAGUGAAGGAAGUAUUUUGAAUUUUACUUUUGUUUUUAUUUAUUUUUUCUUUAGGUGUGUCAGGUUUUAUACAGUUGACCCCCACCUAUUUGGGGACUGAAUUCGCAGAUUAACCUAUUCACGAAUUUUUCUGUGGAACGUAUAUCCACAUUAUUCAUGGAAAAUUUGCCUAUUCGUGGAAUUUUUCUUAGUAAAAUAUUCACUAAUUACUGUAAUUUCAUGAUAUUUUUGUGACAAAUACAUUUUUCAGGAUAAAACUAUUGAAAUAGGCAGGUAUAAGUGUUUUUAGAGGGGCUUUUUGGUGUUUGGACUAUCAAAAUAGGCAGUUACAACCAUUUUUAGAGGGGUACAAGUAUUCACAGGGUGUUGUGAUCCCUAUCCCUUGCGAAUCCUGGGGGUCAACUGUACAUAAAUACGAGGAAGUGCUUUCAACAUGACACAUGGAUUAACAUGUAUGGAAAUCCAGGAAUAUGUAAAUUAAGAAACUGUCACCAAAACACUUAAGAAAGCCAGUAAUACUGAAACUUCAAGAGUAGUCUACCAGUCUAAAGAAGUUUAAAGGUAAUGAAAAGAAGUUGUGAAAAAAAUGCCAAAAGGUAAAACUAAAGAUAUACAUUGUUGCAUACACACAUGAUUACAUUAAUCAUUUCCUUCUUUUUUUAGUUCACAAAGUCUUUUUCUGUCUUAAAAAUACAGCUAUGACUCAGCCAAUGUGGGCAUAUCUGUUUGGAAAUAUUUACGGGUGGUCUUACACAGACAGCGUGAUGCCAAACAUAAAAUUCUGCUGACUAGGAAUUUGCAACUAAUGGCAUAUGAAGCCAAAACCUCACAAUGCACACAUGUAGAGUGCUACUAGAUGGUGUGGAAAGUGUAAUGUUGGAAGUCCAGGAAGAUGAUAAAAAGGUUAAUUUCUGCAUGUCAAGAAUAUGUGCCUGUUUUACUUCAUACUUCCAUUCAAUGAUUCACGGAUUCAUGUUCAUCAUCAGCCUCAUCGUUUUAUUCAUCAUAUUCAUAACACCUUUGUAAUAGAAAUAAGCAUCAUUGAUCAUAGGCUGUUUUCUUGUAUUUUUUGAGUGUUCCCUGUUUGUUCUAAGAAUCUGUAUUAAUUGGAGUUUUUUUAUAUAGAAGUAAUGACGCUAGAAAACUUAGCUGUUUUGUUAAAACAUCGUCUCUCUAUGAUAGCCCCACUAUUUUUAUUCUCCCAUUUGCCCCUGAAAUUUAGUUUUUACUCUCGAUUAAAGAUUUCAGGUUGCAGUGCUGAUAAUUUGAUCUCAUAUUCUCAAAGCAGAUAUGGAAUACCCAAGUGCUAAAGAAAACUGCUAAUUGAUCACAUUUGUACUUUCAGGUCCAUGCUUACUAUAAGGGCAUUGCGUACUAUUUGUACAGAGUUCCAAGCCAUUGCACUGGCCUUAGCUUUACGAUUUAAUUAGGUAGGUAUAGUAGCGUAAUAUGUUCAUGUAAUCUCCGUAGUUCGUCAUGACGACUCAUUCCAGGAUGGGCAUUACAGUAUUUCAAUUUUUAGAUACUAAUAGUUAAUUAUUAUUACUUCUUGAAGAGAAGUUAGAUUUAGACAACAUAGUUCAAGUUAUGGCUUUGCCAAGUUCCCUCAUCAAAAAGAUGUACUUUUUUUAUCUUAUUCUUAUUGAAGCAAAGCCUUCUCUAUAUUAAAUGCAGUUUGUUAAACCAGAAGAAAUGUUAUAGACAUUUAAUUUGAUGUGCCUUGUUGUAACUGGGCAACAAAGUUUAUAUAUAAUAGCAAAAUAAUAAAAAAGAAUCCAAGUGCCAAACAUGGGCACCAGUGUGCUCUCACUAGGACUUCUCACUCAGAGGUUUUGUUUUUCAAGAAAAAAAUUACAUUGAUGUUGAUAUUUUUUAUAUAACAUAUAAAUGAAAUUUGAUGGUAGCUGUAAAUAUUUAUUUUUUAUCAACAGAGUGAUUGUUUGUUGAUGGAAAGAGUUGAUAAAUCUCCUGAUUGUACAGUAUAUAUAGAAAGCAGUAUUAACUAAUUCUAAGCAGCUGCUCUUUCUUUUUCUUAACAUUUUAUCCAAAGCUUUACUUUGAAAGUCUUGGGGGUUCCUCAGCUGUUGUGACUUGCCCUUGACUUUUGGUAGGUUACAAUAUUUUCAUCCUUGUCCUGUCUGUGUGUUUUAGCGGCAAAUUGCAGUUUAUUCUGCAUCAGAAUACCUAAUUCAAUUACAUUUUAUGGAAUGUACCUGAUUAUUCUUUGGAAGUAUUUGUUUUAGGAAGUGGAAGAAGUGAGUGUUUUAAUAUAUGUAGCCUAUGCUCCUUAGGUCUUGAAUUAUUAAUGAGUGAUCAAUUUAUAGUUAUGUUAUAAUUUGUAAAUUGCAUUGUCUCUUACAGUGACUUGGAGUAUCUUUUUUCCAAGAUUUUAUAAAUGUAAUGAGUUGAUUGUUGCACAUGGUAACAAAUGUUCAGCAAGGUAAAUUGAGUAAUUGAUGAACUUUUUCUUGACUAAAUUUUUCUAAGUACAUAUACUUAUACUGCAAGGUAGUUGCUUAAUAUUUUAUUAGUUGUAUGCCUCAGUUGGGCAUUAAGUAAUGCGAUUAUUUAAAUAAAACUUACAUAAAAACACUGCUCUUCAUAGGAGUAUUUGAGCUUGUUCAAAACGUCCAGAUGCACACUUUCUUUGACUUUUUGUUUUUGCCAAAGUCCAUGGCUAUUGCAGCUCUUUAUCUUUAAUAUAAAAAUGACAGAAGAAGCAGAAGGACAGCUGUGCUUAGAUUUCAAACAAUUUUCUCCUAUAUAAUUAAUAUAAUUAAAAGUCCUUUCAUAUAUGAUGGUCCACAUCAGCUAAUAAUUUUGUUUUUACCAGCCCCCGUGAUUAUCUGGUCUCUAGGAUUUGUUGACAAUAGCAUAUAUUUUUAGAAAUAUACUGUACAGGAGAAACUAGAGGAAAUCAAAAGUGUUCUCUAACAGGGGAUUAGAGGUGUGAUGCUGCUCUCUUACGGCUUCAUUGGUUGAUUAAUGAUUGGUUUUUAGAAUUACAUAACUUUAGCAUUUUUUAUAAUAAUUGAAAAUGUAAUUUUUUAUUAUAAUUAUAAAAAAGGGGAAUUCAUUUGGUUUUAAGUCAAAAUUUGGGAUAUCUAAAUACAGUGGGAUUUAAAUGUUAUUUUAUGCAAUAAUUUUCUUUUGCCUUAAGAGGAAGUUGUAGGUGCAUACAACUGGUUGUAUCCAUGAGUAACUUUUCCAUGAAAUUGAAAUAGUACUUUUGUAUAAAAUGAUAACAAAUGUAAUAGAAUAAAAACUGUGAUAUGAAAGUA